AUGACGGAUGAAAAGCACCCGGUCUGUCACGAGGAACCCCUGGCGGAUAUGGAGCUUAAUGAUGAAUGGAGCUCGUCUCUUGAUGCAGCAAGGGCUGCAAGUACCCGCGAGCACAAGAUGAGUGUCGGUGACGCGGUCAAACUCUUUCCGUGGGCUCUUCUGUGGGCGCUCAUUCCUUCGAUGGCUAUCGUGAUGGAAGGAUACGACACCAUUCUCAUUCCCAGCUUCUACGCCUACCCAGCAUUUCAGAAGCAAUUUGGGAGCUACGACGGAGUAGGAUACCAGGUUUCUGGACAGUGGCAGUCGGCGCUUGGAGCUGCGUCAAACGUGGGGAGUUUCAUCGGGGCUCUUGUGAAUGGCUACCUGGUCAAUCGACUCGGCUUCAAGAAGAUCUUCAUGCUGGGCCAGGUUCUCAUGUGUGCGUUUACAUUUGUGCCUUUUUUCGGUCAAACUAUCCAGCUCCAGGUCAUUGGCCAGGUCCUUUGCGGAAUCCCGUGGGGCAUGUUUGCAACUCUAGGCCCUGCCUACUCCUCCGAGCUCUGUCCCAUGGCACUCAGACCAUACCUAACCGCAUGCGUGAACAUGUAUUUUGUGAUCGGUCAGCUAGUCAGCGCUGGAGUGUUACAAGGUCUCAUAAACAUGAACGACCAAUGGUCCUAUCGAAUUCCGUUGGCACUACAAUGGAUGUUACCAGCACCAUUACUCAUCCUCGGCUGCUUCAUGCCCGAGUCACCGUGGUGGUAUGUUCGCCAAGGCGACCCUGACUCCGCACUGAAGAUCGUGAACAGACUAAUGGUCAAACCGGACUCUGCCCGCGCGCGCGAGACCGUAGCCAUGAUGAUCCACACCGACCAGCGGGAAAAGGAGGUUAAGCAGGGUUCGUACAUGGACUGUUUCCGUGGCCAUAAUGCGCGGCGAACCGAGAUAGCCUGUAUCGCAUUCGUGGGACAGGUGUUUUCUGGUCUCAUGUUCGCUUAUAGUCCUACUUAUUUCUUUGAACAGGCCGGCAUGACGCCUGCAGAAGCAUACAAGCUUGGAUUGGGCGGGUCAGCAGUGGCUUUCACGGCUACUGUCAUCUCGGCAGUGUCAAUCCAGUACUUCCCUCGUCGGACGCUCUAUGUCGGCGGCAUGGGUCUGUUAAGCAUCUACCUCCUCAUCGUCGGCUGCCUAACACCAGCCGUAGAACUCCAGAACAAGACUGUGAUCCGGUGGACACAGUCAGCAUUAUGCAUAGUCUGGAUCUUCACUUUCGCCAUGACAGUUGGACCGAUGGCCUGGCUAAUUCCACCAGAAGUUUCUUCAACAAGACUGCGCUCGAAGACGAUAGCCCUUGCUCGUAACUCUUACUACGUAGCUGCUAUCGCGGCGUCGGUUGUUGAACCUUAUAUGAUGAAUCCGACAGACUGGAACUGGCGGGGCUAUACGGGAUUCUUCUGGUUUGCGACUGCGUUCGCAACGUUUGUUUGGAGUUAUUUCAGACUUCCGGAGACGAAGGGGUUUACUUAUGAGGAGCUGGAUAUUAUGUUUGCGGCUAGGGUUCCUACUAGGGAAUUUUCCAGCUAUCAGGUUGAUGCCUAUGCUGAGGGGUCGGAUGAAAAGAGUGUUUUGAAGAGGUGA